GCGAGGAGCUGAGCUAAGGGAGGCUGGGAGCGCUUUUCGCGUUCCGCUGCUUUUGUCGAGGACUUCGAGUCGGUAUCUGUCGGAGAUCGCUUAACUCGAACCUCUUCAGCCUCAAGUAUAACAAGGACACUGUAGCACUGAACUGGCCAAUGUCUUGAGGUAUCUGCAUUUUUUUCCUACCCUACCACAGACUUUUUUGGUGAAGUGGGAUCAAUGGGUGUGUAUGACUUUUCACCUCAUCUAAAGUGGUUCCAUGUCUUGUUUGGACUGUUCCUGUAUUCUACGUACGCCAGUUGAGUCAAUCCGACCAGAAAAGCAAUCUCAGAGCAGCAGCCAUGAAUCCCUGGCUGAUUCUGAGCUAGCCUGGAUUCCCCCAUCUAAAGGAGGGAAUGAAACAAUAUUUUGCUCUUCCAAUGUCUCUCACUAUGAACUCCAGGUGGAAAUAGGAAGGAGAUUCAACAACUUAACUUCAAUCUACCUUGCACGGCAUACCCCUACAGGCACACAAGUUGCCAUAAGGAUCACAGACCUAGAAAACUGCUCAGAAGAGCAUUUGAAAGCCUUACAGAAUGAGGUGGUUUUAUCCCACUUUUUCCAGCAUCCCAACAUAAUGACGCUUUGGACAGUGUUUACAGCUGGUAGUUGGCUUUGGGUCAUUUCUCCAUUCAUGGCCUAUGGUUCUGCUAGACACCUGCUGAAGACUUACUUUCCUGAAGGAAUGAGUGAAGCCUUGAUAGGGAAUAUUCUGUUUGGUGCAAUCAGAGGAUUAAAUUACAUGCACCAGAACGGCUACAUUCACAGGAAUAUUAAAGCUAGCCACAUUCUGAUUUCAGGGGAUGGUCUGGUUUCUCUCUCUGGCUUAAACAACCUCUACAGUUUAGUUAACAAUGGACAAAAGUCAAAGGUGGUGUAUGACUUUCCUCAGUUUAGUACAUCUGUACUUCCUUGGCUGAGCCCUGAACUACUGAGACAGGAUUUGUCUGGGUAUAAUAUGAAGUCUGACAUCUACAGUGUGGGAAUAACAGCAUGUGAACUAGCCAAUGGACAUGUUCCAUUUCAAGAUAUGCCUCGCACUCAGAUGCUGCUGCAGAAGCUGAAAGGUCCCACAUACUAUCCCUGGGAUAUAAAUGCCUUCCCCCAUGGGGAAUCCAGAAUGAAGAAUUCCCAAUCAGGUGUUGAUUCUGGAAUUAGUGAGAGUCUGACACGCACAAUGACGAGCGAAAGACUACAAAGUCCUGUUUCCAAAACAUUUUCCCCUGCAUUCUACAACUUGGUAGAACUUUGCUUGCAACAGGACCCUGAGAAAAGGCCAUCAGCAAGCAGUUUGCUUUCUCAUACGUUCUUCAAACAGGUAAAAGAACAAACACAGAACUCACUACUGUCCCUAUUACCACCCCCUGUUCAAAACAACAGAUCAAAGUUCUUGACGCUGCCCUUGGCAGCAGCUGAGGCUGACCCUGGAUGUAUUGCUGCAACUCAACACGAUACAGACUGGGAAUUCUAAGUAGAUACCAAACGAUCAUACCUCUCUUGUGCUUCAAAGAAGGAAAAUGUGAUUUCUACUUGCUGCUUUAGUUUGUAUGGUUAAAAUACAGUUAGACACUGUAUACUUGAAAAUGUAGUUAAAGUGGCCAUAUUCCAUAUGUUUGUAUCAGGAAGUGCAGUAUGCCUCAUUUUUUUCAGAUCUCAAGCAAAACUGCAUGUAGGAAACAACUGAAUUCUUAUCUCCCUCUUUUGAAAUAUUUCUUAACAAACGUGAAGGUUCCUGCUGUAUUUUCACUUUAUACUGCACUUUUUUAGCUCGUAUUACUGCAGUCCAAGUGCCUUUCUGAAUUCAGGCUUUGUCUUUUGUCUACAGCUUUUCUUCAGUAAUCUACUUACCUUUCAUUGUCACCUGAAUUAUCUUAGUGAGGAGGAAUCUUCCAUUUUCAAGCCUAAACUUGAAACUGCAGAAAUGAGUUUCUUAUACAAAUCAUGUUUCUUUCUCCUGCCUCUCAAAAGGUGUGGUGGCCAGUUGACAUGCUGUCAGUGUUUGCCCUGAAUUAGCUAUCAAUCAAGACCUUCCUGCAGUUUCAAUACUGCAUGUUGACCAAAGAAGCUAGUUGAAAAUGCUCUUGCAUUUUUCUGCAUCCUUAAUACAGAUUUGUGCUUUUGCAUGUUCGUUUACUCUAGAAUCAUCUUGACAAGCAAUUUCAGAACCUUUUGUAAUGCAAAGCAAGUCUUAAGUUAUAACACAUAUAGGUUAAUUUUGAAGACCUGUGAAAUGAUCUGAAGUCCCUGUAUGUGUUUUUGUUUAUACUGUGUACCUGUCCAUCACUAAGAAUUAUCUGGACCUAAUAUUGUUUUCUCAAAAGAAGUUACAAAUGUGUUGCUGCUUGCAAAUAUCUUCUGCAGUCACAUUUCCAUGAUUCGAUUCAGGGCACAAAUUCACAAGAAUCUGAGAGGUUUUAUUGUCUCUUUCCUGAUGAAAAACUGCCCUUGUGCCCACAAAAAUCACUAACUUCUCAUCUCCCACACUACAGCAAGCAACUCAAGCUGAACAAAAGCAGCAUUUUUUAUUUUUUAAAUUAAAAAACUGCAACCUCAUCAUGUUUUAGAAAAAGCUGUGUCCCAAGCCACUACUACUUGCUGACAUAGGUUCUGACAAUAGUGAAAAUGUAUAGGUAGUGAAUGGAUACAUUUCAGUUUUUCAACACAUGGAAAUUCCAUUAUGAAGUGCUCAAACCUGACAUAGCUGGGCCUAUGUGCAACCAGCCCUGCAAAUACUACUGCUUUGCCAGCAGCUUCUCUUCAAAUGCACUGGAAGGCACAACCAAUUCUAAAAAAUCACACUGAAAUAUUAAAAAAAUACUUGACACUAUUCAUUAUGCUGUGAAGGGAACACAUAGUUCAGAACAUAAUAGGUACAACUAAGCUCAAGAGCCUCUCAAUAAACUUGCCCUGUCUGUCUCCAUAUAUUUCUAUAAUUCUUGUACUCCUGUUUUCACCACAAUUCAAUCAUAUUAACAGCUUCUUGUUACUGCAAGAAAUGUUUCAGAUUUACAUCAGUCAUCAGUUAAGAAAAUAGUUGUUAAACUACUAAGUUACUCUUGUUAAUCAUAUCAAUAGUAGCUUGUGGGCUCUUCAGAGAAGACAUUAGACUCACACAAACCCCAUAAGGUUCUUUAUCCCUAACCACUGCAAAUCUUGAUUGUUCUAAAAUAAACUAUGUAGCACUUACAAGAAUUUUUGUGUAAGUAACUGUACACGUAAGCCCCAAGUCAAGUAAGUGAAAACGGAUAUGAAAUUACACGUACUUAAAUUAGAGAUGUCUGAACAAACAUUAGUUUGCUGUUGUUUGUUUGUUUUUAAGAAAGCCUGAUGCCAAACAUUUCAGGCAGCUGAAGUGCUAGUGUUUGCAAGCUUCACUUGAAAUAACAGCGCUCUGCACUCUCUGUAACAAUGAACCUGAAUCCUAAUAGCAAAGCGAAGUAAAGCAUAGACCGACUUAAACAGCCAAAUAUUCCAGUCUCUGGAUUACAGAGAGAUUUGUUGCAGUUCUGCUCAUUAACUGUGAUACUUUCUUCUAAGGAAUAACAUAAAAUGUGUUAACACAAAAAUGUGUUAAUGCAUCAGUUAACACAGCAAAUGUGUAACCAUCAUACUGUUGAACAGGUUACAACUGCAUGGCAUUGAAAACAAGAUACAGUGAUACACUGAAAAUUAGAUACAGUGCUGUGAAGAAGUUUUUGCAUACAAUUUGUAUUUUCAAAAUCUGACAUACGUGAUCUGCAUUGUUAAAAUGCAGGUUGAUGGACUUCCUAUUCCAAGCUGACAUGCUUCUAAGCACAAUAAACCUCUAAUUUCUCAGAACAGCCACGUAUUAACCCUUACUCAUACCAAUUACAUGUUAAUAGCAUAUGAACUAGUGCUGAAGUCAGACUUAAAAUUUUCAAAGAAUCUUGCAUUUAAGCUCAAUGUGAAACAUUGUAAAAAAUUUUAUAUGUUUACAAAAUGUUUUCAUGCCCUAUGAAACAGAAAUUAAUAGAUGGAUUACUUCUGCAAUUUUGACAUUCCUAGAAAUAGAACGCAAGUGGUCUGGGUUGGUUUUUUUGUUGUUGGUGUUGGUUUUGUUUUUUGUUGUUGUUGUUUUUUUUUUCUGCUGUCUUUCUCUUAUUUAGCAUUUAACACUAUGUAAUGUAAUUAAAAACUUGUCACAAAAGAAAACUUCUGUUAUAUAACGUCAUCCUUAAUAUAACCAUGCUAUUAUGUUUCCUACUGUUUUGGUCACAGAUGACAGAUGCAGCAGUUUGUGAAUGUCUGAAUGGAUGAACAUAGGAUAAAAAUGUGAUUUAGUCACAAUAAACUUGAUUUUCUACAUAAAGUACUUCAGUAAGUAUCCAUUGGAGAAAUGAUCGUUUCUUCCAAUUGAUAUCAAUGAACAAAAGCAAGCAUUAAAAAAAAAUUACCUAGUUUUACCUUACAUCUCUCUUUUCCCUACCCCCUUUUUCUACUCAAAAGUGAUGUAAGCAGUUUUUAGCCUGCAAAAUCGUGGAAAAAUGUUUUUAAAAAAACUGUUCUGAAUGUGUCUGACAAGAGGGAAGUACCAAAAGUGGGUGACUUACAUGCCCUGUCUUUAAUGCUAGUAAGUAGCUUUGCUAAAGUACAUUAGGUUGUCUAAUAAACCACUAAAACACCUAA